GGCGCGUGGCGGCAUGGAGCGCAGCCGGCAGGUGACGUGCGUCAGUUGGGUCCGCCGCGGCGUUGCCAAGGAGACGCCGGACAAGGUAGAGCUAAGUAAAGAAGAAUUAAAGCGUCUCAUUGCAGAAGCAAGGGAGAAGAUUCAAGGAGAUGUCGGCGGUAGCGAUGAAGAAGAGGUGGGUGAUGGAGCAGAGGACGGAAUGGAUGGGGCGCCCGUUCGGGAUCAGACAGCCGAACCGUGUCCGGAAGAUGGGGACCCGGAGCGAGACAAGAAGCUGGAUGAUGAUGAACUCGCCGAAUAUGAAUUGGAUAAAUACGACGAAGAGGACGACCCUGAUGCAGUGACUCUUGGAGAAUCUCUCUUGGGUCUUACUGUCUAUGGAAGUAAUGAACACGAUCCUUACGUUACUAUUAAAGAUACCGAGCAAUACGAAAAUGAAGACUUUUUGAUAAAACCCAGUGACAAUCUCAUAGUUUGUGGGAGGGCCGAACAGGACCAGUGCAAUUUAGAAAUUCACGUUUAUAAUCGAGAAGAAGAUUCUUUUUAUGUGCAUCAUGAUAUUCUCCUGUCUGCAUAUCCGCUUAGUGUGGAGUGGCUGAACUUUGAUCCCAGCCCAGAUGAGACCACUGGAAAUUAUGUUGCGGUGGGUAACAUGACUCCUGUGAUUGAAGUGUGGGACCUUGACGUAGUGGAUUCUUUAGAACCGGUCUUCACCCUUGGGACCAAAUCAGUGAAAAAGAAGAAAAAGAAAGGAAAGAAGAGCGCCGCAGCAGAAGCGACCCCAGAGGGACAUACCGAUGCAGUUCUCGAUCUUUCGUGGAAUAAGCUUAUCAGAAACGUGCUGGCAAGUGCGUCCGCAGACAACACUAUCAUUUUAUGGGAUAUGUCUUUGGGUAAACCGGCAGCAAAUCUGACAUUACACACAGACAAGGUCCAGACCCUGCAGUUCCAUCCGUUCGAGCCGCAGACGCUUCUUUCAGGAUCAUAUGAUAAGUCUGCUGCUUUGUACGAUUGCAGAAGUCCCCGGGAAAGCCAUCGGUUGUGGCGAUUUAGCGGACAGAUCGAGAGAGUGACUUGGAACCAUUUUUCACCUUGCAAUUUUUUGGCUAGCACAGAAGAUGGCUUUAUCUACAACAUGGAUGCUCGUGCGGAUAAACCGGUUUUCACACUCAAGGCUCAUGACGACGAAGUGUCCGGGCUCCACCUCAGCAGCCAAAUCAAAGGAUGCCUUGUGACCUCGUCCGCAGACAAGUACGUGAAGAUUUGGGAUAUAUUAGGAGACAAGCCGAGCCUGGUACAUUCGAGAGAUAUGAAAAUGGGUGUCCUCUUCUGUGCGGCUUGUUGCCCUGACUUGCCGUUUGUUUAUGCCUUUGGAGGUCAGAGAGAAGGACUGCGGGUCUGGGAUAUAAGCACGGUCUCCGCAGUGAAUGAAGCUUUCGGAAGUCGAGAGAGACUGGUCGCCACCAAUCCAACAAAUUCCCCUGCUGGCAGUUCCCUUGCCAGCGGCAGCAGCAGCAGCAGGAACUCAGAAACAGCAAUGGAAUCCUAAUAAAUCUCUUCUUAUGCCUUGCUUUUAUUUUUUA